AUGAUGCAAAUCGAACAACCAUUAAACCAUUUAUCCUCUUGUUUAGUGAUACAGAAUCAUAGCAAUAAGACUUUGAAAAUGUCCUUGAAAAAAUCAAUCACCAAAUAUUUUACAACUGGCAGAAAGAGUAGUCUCGGGUCUUCGUCGAGUAGUAUCGCCAAGAGUCUCCAUUUGGACAAUAGCAACAACAAUGAAAAGCCAGCCAUCAACAAACUGCCAUACGACGUAUUAUCUACCGUACUCGGAUUAGUACACUCGAACCGAGUCGUGUCACAAGCAUUCAUCGACGUCUGUUUGGUGUGUCGUCACUGGCGUACACUCUCAAGAAUCAAUGGCCAAAAAUUUGACAUUAACUCAUUUUUUGUGCGCAACGAGUCGCUCAAGAUGAAGGGAGAGCUCAUCGAACGGUGUCUUGGAUACGUUGCCUAUAUGUACCCAUCGGUGGACUCGAUCCAACUGGGUCGUCUGUCGUUGACCGAUAGUGCCAUCAACCUCAAAUACACCAUGCUCUACUUGGAUCGCAUCGACCGUGUCUCGCAACUAGACAUUGAUCUCAACAAGGUGGACAGUCGCGACUUUAGUCUGUUGGUCCAGGCACUGCGCUCCAAACGCUCGCUCAAACACGUCACCAUUCACAACGCCUCGGCCGAACACAUCUACCAUAUCAUCGACUUGCUCGAGCAUACCCACGCCAUCGCCUCGCUCACCCUUGUCAACGCGUCACUUGACAAUCGCGAGGAGGCACUCAGACUACACGACUUUUUCGUCGACAAUACAUCGCUGACCAGUGUGCGCAUGACCUUUACCGGUGCACAAACCAUCGAAACGUUCAAAGAGGUGUUGGCCGUCAACCCCAACCUCACAGAGCUGCGUCUGCGUUGUCUCUCCAACGAGUACUCUAAUCUCAAGACCUUUUCCCGUUUUGAUUACCCUCAUCUCACACAAAAGUUGUCCGUCUUGGCAUUGCCCCACUGCGGUCUCAUCAACAAGGACUUUGAGGAGCUGUCGUCCAUCCUCGCGUCCAACAACUCGCUGGUCGAGCUUGACCUGUCGGACAACCCGCUGGUCGACCCACCCUCGGUCGCCAACCUGCUCACAUCGCUCGCCAACAAUGCCGCGUCGCUAGCAUUGUCGUCGCUCUCGUUGGGCGGCCUGCAAAUGGACGACGACUCUGUACAUAUCCUCUCACGUUUCAUCCAACAUAACCAGACACUCUACUUUUUAGAUGUUAGCGAGUGUCCCAUGCGCUGGGACGCCGGGUUCCAAGCACUCCUCGUCAGCAUCAUCCCCAGCAAACUCGUGCGUCUCGCAUUGAACCGUGCCAACCUCUCGUCGCGCGCUUUUGGCUCGCUGUCAGACAUGAUCAAGCAGUCGCAGUCUCGCAUCUCGACGCUCUCACUCGCAGGCACCCUCAACUCGCAGACGGGCAACCAUCUCGGCUACGCACUCGCUGCCAACACCACGCUCACCUCACUCGACAUUUCCAACUGCGAACUCCACCAACAAGGCGGCGGAUCCAUCUGCAUCUCGCUGCAAACCAACUCUACGCUCGUCUCGUUGAACCUUGCCAACACCAAACUACACUCGUUCAACAUUCUCUUGGUGGCCGACUCGCUCAAAAAGAACCGAUCCCUCACAGCACUCGAUGCACUUUCCAUCGCCAACCAGAAUCAUCAACAGUUGUUGCGUAAUACUAGUAGUGAUCAAAUUCAAAUUGCCUCCUCCUCUGCUUCCUCUGCUUCAUCAUCAUCUGCUUCUUCCACUCCAAACCCAUCCCCUCCAUCUUCACCCGAGAGUAAUAGUUUUUUAACUAACCAAGUUUCUUCUCCCAAUUCACCAACCCUUGUAUCAUCAAUCAACACUAAUAAUAAUAUAACAAUUAUGAGUAAUCUUAGAAAUCUUAAAUAUAAUCAAUGUGUAUAUCAUUAA